GCUUAUAGCUGAUGAAUUAGAUCCAAUGGUUAAGCAGAUAGAAAUGGGGUUGGUUUAUAUAGUCUUAGCUCUUAUAAUUUGUCCUUUAAGGAUGUUGAGUGGAAUCUCAAAUUGGGUAUAAAAAAUUAGGGAUGAAGGGAUUAAUGGCAGUAUUAUAUACAAAAAACAAAUGAAAUGUGCUGCCCAAUUAGGGAACCAAAAACAAUUAAGUAAUGAAGAUAAUAUGAUCCACCUCAGCUCCUUCCUCUUCUCUUCUGCUGUUUAUAAACAUGGUGAUAAAUGGAAGAAGAUCAGAUCAAGCUAAAAACACAGAACACAAAUCUAAUAUUGUCUGGAUCGAUCAGAUCAGAUUAAGAACGAAAUUUAAGGAUGAGUAGUGGGUCGACAAGUGGCUCCCCUUGUGGUGCCUGCAAAUUCUUGAGAAGAAAAUGCGUUAAGGGGUGUGUUUUUGCCCCCUAUUUCUGCCAUGAACAAGGAGCUUCCCAUUUUGCAGCCAUCCAUAAGGUUUUUGGUGCCAGUAAUGCUUCUAAACUGCUCUCUCAUCUCCCCGUCGCCGACCGCCCCGAGGCCGCCAUUACUAUCUCCUAUGAAGCUCAGGCCAGGCUUCAAGAUCCCAUUUAUGGCUGCGUUUCUCACAUCUUUGCUCUCCAGCAACAGGUUAUUAACCUGAGAGCACAGCUGGCAUCUCUGAAGGAACAAGCGGCGCAAACUUUCUGCAACUCUGGAAACCCUAAUUACGACAAAAGUUGGGGAAGACAACCUUGUUAUUACUCGCAGGAUGUUGAGGGAUGGUUGGGGUCAGGAACCCUAGAAUCUGUACCCCAAUUUCCCAACAACAACGUUGGAGAAAUGGGGUUUUACUCAAACGGGAACCUUAAUCAUCAUCAUCAUAAUCUAAACCCUAUCUACAACCAAACCUCGAUUCUUCCGGAGGAAAACAUGUCCUCGUACGCUACCAGCUUUGAAGAAGGGUCUUCUUCCAUGGAUUCCCUCGACAUCCAAACGGCCGACAACAAGCCAUGGCCGCCGGCGGCGUAUCACGACGACCGCGACGACCUCCAGUCGGUGGCUUUCAGAUACCUUCAACACCACUGAUAUGAUGAACCAAGAUCCUUAAAUAUAUAUAUUAUGGGUGGAGAUCGAUUAAUGGUGCUCUGAUAUGAUCUGAUCUGUCAGUUUUAUAUUGCUAAAACACCUUUAAUGACAUGCAUUUUCUGCGGCCAUGAAUCAAAACGAGGUAGCUACAAACCCUAGAAGUGUUUUUGCUCCACACAAGAGCUAUAUAUGCUAUGAUCCACCCCCCCACCCUAUAAUUGUUUCAGGUGGUCUGAUAUAUUAUCAUGUAAUCUUGAAUAUAAGUAGUAGAUUAAUAAUAUAUAGUA